AUGAGCAAUGACGCGCCGUCGAUUGGAGAGAUUACCCAACUAACCCGUCAAGAACUUACUACGAGGCAGAAGACCGACCCUCUUCGCGAAUGCGGACGCGCCGCGUUGUCGCUCCUUCCCAACGAUUUCGAGCUUGCCCUUAAGCUUGCGUAUCAGAAACUACACGAUGUGCCGUAUAGGGAGGUGAAGACGUGUUGGCGCAGGCUGUACACCGAUGCGAGUUUGUGGAAGGUGUUGAAGCUUGUAGGCGACGAGCGUGAUGAGCACCUGCGCGAGACCCUCUCGGAGGCUGGGGCCGACAAAGAAGAAGUCAAUACAAAGAGUGACUGGGUCGAUGCAGUGGUGCGGAUACUGGAUAUGACGCUCAUACUAACAGGCGCACCUGAGAGGGAGGAGCUCGUAGAGCUUUGGUUUGCAGCGCUGAAGGCUGUUCUAAUUCCACCAGACUCUCGUCUUCAUACCGACGCUUCAGAACGGCCGCGCAAGAGAAGACGACUAUCAUCUGAGUGUCAAACUUCACGCCUACCAGCAAGCUUCGCAACAAUGCUUCCCAGCCCUCCACCCACCCUUCGGCACGCGAUCCCACGAACGAAAGAGCUCAGUCUGGAGGGUUUCCAGAAGAGACUCGGUGACACAAACACACAUACGCCACUCAUAAUCGAGGGUGCGAUUCAGCAUUGGCCUGCUCUCGAUGAGAGGCCGUGGAACGACCCAGCAUAUCUGCUAGAGCAGACGCUUGGUGGUAGACGGCUUAUACCAGUCGAGGUUGGAAAGAGCUAUACCGAUGAAGGUUGGGGCCAGCGCAUCAUCACCUUCCGUGACUUCAUGGAGACGUAUAUGCUCAAGGGUCAUAGAGAAGCUGUCUUGACCGCAACACGUACGGAUGCCACGCAAAGUCCUGAACUUGACGAGGCAGAUAGCAGCACGAAACCCACACCCACCGGCUACCUAGCCCAACACGACCUCUUCGCCCAAAUCCCCUCCCUACGCGCCGACAUCAGCAUACCCGAUUACUGCUACUGCGAGCCCGCUCCAUCUCCCCACCUCACACACGUCAAACCCGUCGCGAAACUCGAAGAGCCUCUACUGAAUGCUUGGUUCGGCCCCGCGGGCACUAUAUCACCCCUCCACACCGACCCCUACCACAACAUCCUCGCACAAGUCGUAGGUUACAAGUACGUGCGUCUAUACGCACCUGCGGAGACGCAGCGUCUGCAUCCGAGGAGUACGGAUGAGAGUGGUGUGGAUAUGAGUAAUACGAGUCUGGUUGAUUUGGAUGAUGCUAUGACUUUGUGUCCUGAGAUAUCUUGUUGGGGGUCUGGGGGGAGCUGUGAGGGAUAUGAGGACGAUAGUCUGACAGAACGGAGACGCGAGUUUGAUGAAGACUUCCCUGGUUUCAAAGACGCGAGGUAUAUCGAAGGUAUUCUAGCACCUGGCGAAUGUCUCUACUUACCCGUGGGUUGGUGGCAUUAUAUACGUAGUCUAACACCUAGUUUCAGCGUAAGCUUUUGGUUCAACUAG